GAUGAUUUCCAGCAUGCAGCCUCAGAAACCAACUGGGAGUCAGUCACAAGCUCUGUCUCAGGGGUAUCCUAUCCCUCUCCAUCAGUGACUGACCCUACGCUCACGGCGGAAGCACUGGAUCAGACCAUCGCAGCAUUUGACACUGUGGAGGAUCUGCUCAAACAUUUUAACCCGGACUCCUGGCAAGAAGAUCUGGAGAAUUUGUACACAGACAGUGGCCACCAUUAUCGAGGCAGGAGCUACCAUGACAGGAAGUCCAAAGUUGACCUGGACAGGUUGAAUGAUGACGUGAAACGUUACAGCUGCACUCCAAGAAACUACUCUGUCAAUUUAAGGGAAGAACUGAAGUUGACAAAUGUAGUAUUUUUCCCCCGCUGCCUCCUUGUCCAGCGCUGUGGAGGAAACUGUGGCUGUGGGACUUCGAACUGGAAAUCCUGCACAUGCAUGUCAGGGAAAACAGUGAAGAAAUAUCAUGAG